AACGCUCUUAUAUUGAUGGUGUGGGACAGCAAGCUGAUGAAAGGCCUACCUUUCAAGGCUGAGGUGGUGUUCCAUAAAAUGUCUCCCAACGAGACCCUGUUUUUGGAGAGUACUAACAAGAUUUACAAAGAUGACAUUUCCAACAGUUCCUUCGUGAAUUUCCAGAUAUGGGACUUUCCUGGACAAAUGGACUUUUUUGAUCCCACGUUUGAUUAUGAGAUGAUCUUCAGAGGCACAGGGGCACUGAUAUAUGUGAUAGAUGCACAGGAUGACUACAUGGAAGCAUUGACAAGACUUCACAUUACAGUUUCUAAAGCUUACAAAGUCAAUCCAGAAAUGAACUUUGAGGUUUUUAUUCAUAAAGUUGAUGGUUUGUCUGACGACCAUAAAAUAGAAACUCAAAGGGAUAUCCAUCAGAGAGCCAAUGAUGACCUUGCAGAUGCUGGGCUUGAAAAACUUCAUCUUAGCUUUUAUUUGACUAGUAUCUAUGACCAUUCAAUAUUUGAAGCCUUCAGUAAGGUUGUACAGAAACUCAUUCCACAGCUGCCAACCUUGGAAAAUCUACUAAAUAUCUUUAUAUCAAAUUCAGGCAUUGAAAAAGCCUUUCUCUUUGAUGUAGUCAGCAAAAUCUACAUUGCAACAGACAGUUCCCCUGUGGACAUGCAGUCAUAUGAGCUGUGCUGUGACAUGAUCGAUGUAGUGAUUGACGUGUCCUGUAUAUAUGGUUUAAAAGAAGAUGGCAGUGGAAGUGCUUACGAUAAAGAGUCUAUGGCAAUUAUCAAACUCAAUAAUACAACUGUCCUGUAUUUAAAGGAAGUGACAAAGUUUCUGGCACUUGUCUGCAUUCUUAGAGAAGAAAGCUUUGAACGCAAAGGUUUGAUAGACUACAACUUUCAUUGUUUUCGCAAAGCCAUUCAUGAAGUCUUUGAAGUAGGUGUUGUGUCCCACAGAACCUGUAAUCACCAGGCAAGCACCCCAAACAUGAAAGCAGUGACUCAUAAUGGCACGCCUAGAAAUGCAGUCUAGGCGAAGAUUAAAAACUGGUUGGACCGACUUUUACCAGCUCUUCACUCCAAAGUUUAACGUUGUAGACCAGGAUAAGAAUACAGUCUUAGUCUGGUGUGUGUGUUCCACAAGAGAAGAGCAACACAAACUUUGGAAGAGCAGCUUAACUGGUGUUGGACAACUGAAACUACUGUAAAACAUUUGAAGUUCUGUGGAGUUAGAAUUGUUAACUGAAAACCGGCGUUGGCUGGACCGUGGCGGCUUUUCCUGUUCAAGAGUCCUGUUUUAACAGGCUGGAUACAAUAUGAAUAGGAGAGCUUGUACCUUUUUGGUGGAGCAUAUGAUAGAGUGUAAUGUGAAACACUGAAGUCACUUGCUCAUCUUCAUUUUUAACUGUUCUGUAAAAUAACCAGUUUAAGUUUAACUUUUGCCUUUCAGAGAAAUUAGUGGUGUGGAGACACUAGCAACAUCUUACAUUCAUGCUUUGGCUUUGUAAAGGUCUGUGGCCUAGAACUUCAGUAAAACCCAAACAUUCCAUAGCAUUCUUUUCAUUAGACGUAUAUUGCGUUGCAGAAUAUCAGCGAAUGCCAUAAUGGCGGUAGGGCCAAGGUUUGCCUGCUCCCAUAUUCUUCAGUCCAGUUAAGACAGAGCUGUAGCUUUGUUCUAGACAAGUUCCUUACUGAGUUUUCAGACAGCAUUAUUUUUUUCACCAGUUAUCACCAUAUUUGAAAAGAAGUUCAAGGCAAGAACUGACACCUUUCACUGUGCUUUUAUCAGAAGAGGGUCAAAGUAAAAUAUUCACAACCUUGAAUUAGUGACUAGGGCAAUUAAAUAACUGUACAUUUAUAAAUGUCUAGCACAAUAUCUAAUCAGGUAACAUUUUUAUGUGUCGAAGCUUUUUUCCCAGGAGGUGAUGACCCCAAAUCUUCACCUUCGGAUGGCAGGAGUUGGCGUAUAUUUUCUACAGUUCGUUCAGAGGAUGGGGGUGGUAGGCACAAUCUCUGUGUAGGAAUGAAAAAUGUAUGUCAAUGCAAUUGGAAAUCAAUGACCAAGAGAAUACCAAAAAUGUAUUGUAGUUUGAACGUUUUCCUGUAUUGACACUGCUCCAGAGUAAACCGCUUAUGAUACUG